AUAAUAAAUUUACAGUCCACCCAGCGAUCUUUGACUGGGAAAUAUCGACGUAAUGGAAAACUGCAGUAUGCAUUCUCACAUUCUCUCUUCCCUAAUUCUUCUCUCCUACCUCCGCAAGCUUACAUUAGGGGCACUACGGGAUCGAGUCUGAACUCCCCAGUCCGUGUGAUGCAAAGUUGGAUACUGCCUAUCUAAACACCAUGCACCUUGCGUACUGGGAGUUUAGUCUUAUCUCUCUACUGCCUACACUAUCUAGAUCAUGUGAACCAUGUAGACUAUCUAAGUUAAGAUGUGACCAUGUUGUUCCGGCUUGUGGGAGAUGUGUUAAGAGGCGAUGUGUCGAUCAGUGUAUCUACCAUCCAAAUCCUCUAACCCAGAAUCGUCGAAGAGGUGGUGCUACGCCCCCAACACCGGUGGCGUCGACGCAUGACGAAAGCUCCGUGAUCAUAGCUCAGUCGGUUGAGACGCCAAGCCCAGGAACAGAAAACCCAAGCUUUUUAACACCCCAGACCCCGUUGUCACGUCCUACUGAAGUAGUGACACGUGAAGUCCAUCGAGCUGCAUCUGCUCCGCCACUGAACUUUCGGGAUGAGUACACCAGCCAUACCGGGAAUCAAGGCUUCCUCGGAGAAACUUCCUACAUUUCCAUAUUCGAAGAUGGCCUAGGUAGCUCCGGCGUCUCUGGUCCCGAUCUAGAGUCUUCUCACGUUCAGAAAGUUAAGCUGUCACAAGAUCGGAUAGCCCAAGGAUGUAAAGUUCUCGGCUUCCUAAAGGAUAACUCUCUGCUUAUCCGUCUGGUAUCACGCUGGUACGAGGUAUGCGAAGAUGAGUGCUGUAUAUGUAUAGAGCCUAUCAUGAAAGAAUGGCUGUGGGGUCUUUGGCCACACCAUGGUGAUACCUUGAGAGAACAGAAUCCUGAAAAGAUUCGCCGACUCUGCGGUUUAAUCUGGUGCAACACCCAAAUGCCUCUCACCUUCAACAAGAAUACUACAGCGACGCAAUGGGCACGUUCUGCCACUGGACCCGGUCUACGAUGGGAAGUCAUUGGCCUUAUCGCGGCGGUAGCCGGCCAAUGCGCUAGUACCCCUGAGCCGUUAGAUCGGGAUUCGAAAACCCCUAAACUCACGCAAUCCUCGUUUCCAAGGCAGAUGAGUGAAAUAGCAGAGAUUUGCCUGAGCUUCUGUCGCGAUUGCAACUCGCUGGACGACCUGUUCGCCUGGCUGCUAAUGGAAAACUUUUGCCUGACCGGUAGGCUUAAGGGCGAUACUAGCCACGCUUCAUACACUCAGUGUGGGGAGAUCGUUGCCGCAGCUAUUGCCAUGGGCUUACAUCAGGGCGUCAAGGAAGAGGAUGGACUUCCGUUCUUCCUAUCGGAGACACGGAAAAGACUCUUCACCCAGACAUAUAGCGCAGAGAUCGGUAUCUCGACAUUCUUAGGCCGGCCCCCUCGGCUCUCGUACCGAUACUGCAGAUUCCAAGCUCCGUUGGACCUUACCGCUCCCCAAUUAGUCCUUGAAGGGGACGAAUUGGCUCUAGCACUGGCUAGUCUAGACGAGAACGGGUAUAACACGUCCGGGAAAAUACACCGUGUCACUUGGAUCAAAACCUGGCAGGGGUUUUCUCCGAAGAGGGAAGAUAUACUCGACUUGGCUCUGGCUCAGUAUACGCCUGAGGAGAUUCUAAUCCGCGCAGAAAGCAUCGAGAGGCGGUGCGAGCAACACAUGGAAGGAUUGCCGCCUUUCAUCCAGAAAAUAAGAGACGGACCUAUAGAAUUUGAAGGCAAAACGCCGACGGAAAUCAUGUUCAUGAUCGUUAUACGUCAAGCGUUCCGUUCUAACGAUCUUCUGCUCCAGCGCGUACUCAUUCGCAAAGCUGGUGCGAGCUCGGAGAAGCUCAUACACAUCGCACGAUCGAUCUUGAAGGAUAUCUUGUUAAUGAGUCAACGUCACGACUUAGGGAUGUUGUUUCAGACCGAUAUUGCUUCUCUACUCGCGGUGCAGGGUUUGAGGAGUGCAGGUGUCAUCGCGGUCGAGUUAUUGAAGCAAGAACAACUACCCGUCUAUCCUAAAGAGCCCCUCUUACCUAGAAGCCAGACGAUCCAAGACUUGGCCAUCUUCGCAGCUAGGUUAGGAGCUAUCGAUCCUUCAGACGGAUCGUUUAGUAUUUGCGACCAGGGACGUAAGGUUAUUACCCAUAUACUCGACAAGAUUCUCAGUCCUCCAAAUGCAGACCGACUUCAGGCCUCAAGCGACCCCCCUGCACACCAAGAUCAAAUUCACCAACCUGUCCAAGCAAAUUUUGAAAUUACGACGACGGAACCGGCGCAGGGCUAUAGCUGGCAGGUGCCCGGUGUGAUGGACUCCACGAUGGCAGAUUUGAACUUCGGCAUGGAGGCUCCUUUCCUGGGACCCGACAACGAUUUCAUGCAAUGGCUUGAGAACAUGGACUGGGAGCGACCUAUUCAAUGAUACUAUUCGAGACGUCACCUAGUGAAAGCGUCCUAAGGUUCUUUAUUUUCCUUUGCCAGAAUUGUUCUGACAUUUCAACCACGCUAGUCAUGCCUAGGCUUAGCUCCAAGGCGUCAUGUUACAGCGAUGAGGUAAUACCGAUUCUACGUUUCUCAGCCCGAAUUAUGCAUAAGUAGUUUAUAACUCUAUUCUCGGGGUUCAACGCGGUCAUUGCGGCGAAGUGAAGGUUGGCUGGAAGCACCGGCGGGAUAGAAAAAACAAGGUUUCACUUGGACUACCAUUAAAAGGGC